AUGCCGGUCACCAAACUCCCCUUCCGCCGAGUGUUGCAUGUGCGGCCCCCGCCGAACUUUUUCGCUCUUUCGCGCCCGCGCUCCACCUUCAAAUCUCUGGCACUGAGCACACCACCGCUGUCGCUCGUCGCCGCCUCCCGCUCUUUCCACUCCAGCCCAGUCACCAUGGUCGCGGCAAAGAUUGACGGCAAUGCCAUUGCCAAGAGCAUUCGCGAGCGCCUGCACGAAGAGAUUCGCGAGAAGCAGAGCAGCAAUCCCCGCUACCGCCCUGCCCUGCGCAUCAUCCAGGUCGGCGACCGCUCUGACUCCAGCACCUAUGUGCGCAUGAAGUUGAAGGCCGCCGAAGAGUCUGGCAUUGACUGCAAGCUCGAGAAGUUCCCCGAGGACAUUUCCGAGGCCGAGCUCCUGCACAAGAUCACCCAGUUCAACAACGACCCCGCCAUCCACGGUAUCCUCGUCCAGCUGCCCGUGCCGAAGCACAUCUCCGAGUACAACAUCACCUCUGCCGUCGCCGACGAGAAGGAUGUGGAUGGAUUCGGUGUGCCGAAUAUCGGCGAGCUCGCCAAGCGCGGCGGCCGUCCUCUCUUUACGCCGUGCACGCCCAAGGGCGUCAUGGUCCUGCUCGAGAGCACCGGCGUGGACAUCAAGGGCAAGAAUGCCGUUGUUAUCGGCCGGAGUGACAUUGUCGGCAGCCCCGUGAGCUAUCUGCUGAAAAACGCCGACGCUACCGUUACCGUCUGCCACUCCAAGACCAAGGAUCUCCCCGAGAUCGUCAAAACCGCCGACAUUAUUGUGGCUGCCAUUGGCAAGGCUGGCUUCGUCAAGGGCGACUGGAUCAAGCCUGGCGCCGUUGUCGUUGACGUUGGCACCAACUACAUUCCCGAUGCGUCCAAGAAGUCUGGCCAGCGCCUGGUUGGUGACGUCGACUUCGACGCCGCCGCCGAAGUCGCCUCCCACAUUACUCCGGUCCCCGGCGGUGUCGGCCCUAUGACGGUUGCCAUGCUGCUCCAGAACGUUGUUGAUUCCGCGAACCACUACUUCGAGGAGCAGAAGGCCCGCCAUGUGACCCCUCUUCCCCUCAAGCUGCUGCAGCCUGUCCCUUCGGAUAUUGCCAUCUCUCGCGCGCAGCAGCCCAAGCUGAUCACCAAGGUUGCCGAGGAGAUCGGCAUUGCCAAGCAUGAGCUUGAGCCGUACGGCGCAUACAAGGCCAAGGUCGACCUGACGCUUCUGAAGCGUCUCGAGCACCGCCGCGACGGCCGCUAUGUUGUUGUCACGGGCAUCACGCCCACUCCUCUCGGCGAGGGCAAAUCCACCACCACUAUGGGUCUGACUCAGGCGCUGGCCGCGCAUCUCGGCCGUGUGUCCUUCGCCAAUGUCCGCCAGCCCAGCCAGGGCCCGACAUUCGGUAUCAAGGGUGGCGCGGCUGGUGGUGGCUACAGCCAGGUCAUUCCCAUGGAUGAGUUCAACAUGCAUCUUACUGGUGACAUCCAUGCUAUCACUGCCGCCAACAACCUGCUUGCCGCAGCUAUUGAAACCAGGAUGUUUCACGAGAACACCCAGAAGGACGGCCCUCUCUACAGGCGUCUGGUACCUGCCAAGAAGGGCAAGAGGGAGUUUGCCCCUGUUAUGUUCCGUCGUCUGAAGAAGCUCGGUAUCAACAAGACCAACCCCGAUGAGCUGACCGAGGAGGAGAUUCGCCGCUUUGCCAGGCUUGACAUUGACCCUGAGACCAUCACCUGGAGGCGUGUGCUCGAUGUGAAUGACAGGCACUUGCGUGGUGUCACUGUUGGCACUGCGGGCACUGAGAAGGGCCAGACCCGCGAGACUGGUUUCGAUAUUUCUGUUGCCAGUGAGUGUAUGGCUGUGCUUGCUCUCAGCAACGACCUUGCCGACAUGCGUGAGCGUCUGGGCCGCAUGGUCGUUGCCAGCUCUCGCAGCGGCGAGCCCGUCACUGCCGAUGACAUCGGCGCCGGUGGUGCCCUUACCGCUUUGAUGAAGGACGCCAUCAAGCCCAACCUCAUGCAAACCCUGGAGGGUACCCCCGUGUUCGUCCACGCUGGUCCUUUCGCCAACAUCUCGAUCGGCGCUUCAUCUGUCCUGGCCGACAAGCUUGCACUCAAGCUGGCCGGUACCGAGCCCGACGAGGACCACAACAGCAAGACUGGCUUUGUUGUUACCGAGGCCGGCUUCGACUUCACCAUGGGCGGUGAGCGUUUCUUCAACAUCAAGUGCCGCUCUUCCGGCCUUGUCCCUGACGUUGUUGUCAUCGUCGCCACGGUCCGUGCCCUCAAGGUUCACGGCGGCGGGCCAGAUAUCACUCCUGGCGCUCAGCUGCCUGAGGUCUACCGCACCGAGAACGUCGAGGUUCUCCGCAAGGGCUGUGUCAACCUCAAGAAGCACAUCCAGAACGCCAAGCAGUUCGGUGUCCCCGUUGUUGUUGCCAUCAACCAGUUUGAGACGGACACGGAUGCCGAGAUUGCCGUCAUCAGGGAGGAGGCUUUGGCUGCUGGUGCCGAGGACGCUAUCAAGUCGAACCACUGGGCCGAGGGUGGUAAGGGUGCCAUCGAGCUGGCUAAGGGCGUCAUCGCGGCCAGCGAGAAGCCCAAGGACUUCAAGCUGCUGUACGAUCUCGAGGGGUCGGUUCAGGAGCGCAUCGAGCGGAUUGGUAAGAUCAUGUACGGCGCUGAGAAGGUCGAGUUCAGUGAGCUUGCCCAGAAGAAGGUCGACACGUACGUCAAGCAGGGCCUCGGCAACCUUCCCAUCUGCGUUGCCAAGACGCAGUACAGUCUGUCCCAUGACCCUGCCCUGAAGGGUGCACCGGAAGGCUUCACCGUCCCCAUCCGUGACGUCCGCAUGGCGGCUGGUGCCGGAUAUCUGUACGCUCUUGCCGCCGACAUCCAGACGAUUCCCGGUCUGCCCACCGCGCCCGGCUACCUGAAUGUCGACGUCGACUCGGAGACGGGCGAGAUCGAUGGCCUGUUCUAA